ACACUGCAGAAUGUCUAGCAGGCCUAGCCUUGCAUGCAGCGAGCUCCAACCCGACGGAGGGUAGGCUGGAUAUGUAUCCAUGAAAAGAUCUUGGAAUUAUUUUCUAAUGGCGGCUACUAAAUUACAUUUUGGUAUACGCGGAACGAUAAAUAUGUGUAGGUGAUGAGGUAACACAGAAACCAAAGGAGGAUUCCAUAAUUUUACUGGAAAGACAGACAGUACAUGAUUCAUACAUUAUGGCAGGCUGUAUUAAUCUACAACAGUUACUCUGGCUUAUACUGCCUAUUGCCAUGGCAUUUUCAGAGGAGAAAUUUUGUGCUUAUUACAAGAAUCCUGAAUAUCUUGGGGAAUACGAUGCAGAUGUUGGAACUCUCCAAGCGGACAACAAGACAGUAAAGUGUACUCACGAGAAAGAAACAUGCGUUUCAUUGUGGCACAAUAAGACCAUGGACGGCCAGCUACAUAUUGAAAUGAUGUUUCAGGGAUGCUUUAAUAAUGAGGUGUCCAUGUUCUGUGAAGAAGACUGUAAAUCGACAAGUGCGCCCUCACAGGUAUUCAGCGUCAACAACACGGUUCACUUUUGCUGCUGCACGAAAAACCUGUGUAAUAUAAAUGUUUCCGAUGCCUAUGUUCCUGCGCCACCUACUAGCAUUCAACCGGGAGUGACAGGCUCUGGUGUUUCACCAAAUUCCAGCAGUAUAAAGACUAUCAUCUUGGCCAUAGUGCCAUUAUUUUUUCUCAGUGUUGUUGUUGUUUCUGUUUUCCUGAUCUGCCGUCUUCGUUUCUUGGCCUUCAAGGACUCCUUAACCGAAUUGCCAUCGACGGAGUCUGGCAGCUUGGAGCCAACAUUUGAUAUAGAACAAAUGCAACUAUUUAAUUUAGUUGGCCAAGGACGAUACUGCAACGUAUACCGGGGCUUGCUUGGUGAACAAGAGGUUGCCGUAAAGGUAUUCGCUGGGUCCUCACGGAACUGCUUUUUAAAUGAAAGUGAAAUUUACAGCAUAGGUUCGCUCGACCAUGCCAACGUUUUGAAAUAUUAUGGUGCUGCGGAGAGGCUUGGAGAAGAUGGUUGGAUGGAGUAUCUGCUAGUAGUGGAGUACAUAUCAGGAGGUUCUUUGAUGGGCUACCUCAAGGAAAAUGUAUUUGACUGGUUUGGAAUGUGCCGACUUGCCCAGACUACUGCUGCAGGCAUUGCGUAUAUUCAUCAAGAAAUUAAAAAUGGAGAUGUUGUAAAGCCAGCUAUAGUCCAUCGGGAUAUCAACUCGCGUAACAUUCUUGUACGGCCUAACGGUACAUGUGUGAUUGGCGAUUUAGGUUUUUCUAUGAAGGUGUCUGGUUCUAGAUUAGUUGGAGAGGAUGAUGACACAAGUUCAUUGACAGAUGUUGGCACUGUUCGUUAUAUGUCGCCAGAAGCUCUAGAAGGCGCUGUCAAUCUGCGAGACUGUGAAUCUGCCCUCAAGCAGGUUGAUAUUUAUGCCUUAGGACUUGUCAUUUGGGAGAUAGCAAACAGAUGCUCAGAUCUCUUUCCAGCUGGUGUACCUGAUUAUAAGUUGCCCUAUGAAGCUGAAGUUGGUCAGCGCCCAAGUUUUGAAGAUAUGCAACUAUUAGUGUCUGUGAAGAAGGAACGCCCCAAGUUCCCUGAUGCUUGGAAGGAAAAUAAUCAGGCACUGCGUUCACUAAAAGAGAUAAUGGAAGACAGUUGGGAUCAUGACGCAGAGGCUCGAUUGACAGCUCUGUGCAUUGAGGAGCGUAUCAUUGAGCUUAUGGUUAUGUGGGACAAGACAAAAGUAGUGAAUUCUACAGUCAAUCCAACUCAACCAGACAUUGUCAGAAAUGGGGGCUCACAGUCAUCGAUGGAUAGCACAGAUUCUGCAGUGAAGGUUCGGCCAUCGAAACAGGCGGUACGUAAAGACAGAGAGUCUGCAAUGCCUCCGAAGGUGUGUCAACUGCCGGACCAUGUAGCCCUCUCCCUGUCUGAGGAGGCGAAUGCAUCUUCUGGCUCUCGAUCUGUACCCCUUGAGAAAAAUGAGAGACAAGCUUUCUCGCCGGAGACCUGCAGCACAACAGUGUCCACUCACUCUGAUAUAAACCUCAUGGACUUCAUUUUCUCGCAGCCUGACCCAAAAAAUCUGCAUCAUUCGGACGAGAGCAUUGAGAGAUACACAACCGAUUUGAAAUAUGCUCCACGCGUCGGCGGUAAUGAGGCACUUGCUGAUAUGUAUAGUUACAGCGAGCAAAGCACUUCGCCAAGCCACGGAUCUACGGAUAUGCACCUGCCGCUCACAUCGGAGCACAUGUAUGAUAAUAGGCCACGACAACAGUUUUACAGAACGGGGAAUACUCUUCCAGAAAAUAUGACUAUCAACCAAGCACGACCUGUGAACAGCCAGUCAACAAAAUCAAAUACAAAUAAAGACAGAGAACAACUCCAGUGCGCCCAGGCACGACCACUACCUCAAGAACACCUCAAUUCAGCGACAAACACCCCGUCAAAAUCAUACAAAAACAGUCCAGUUGACAUGGACAACAGCACCGACGAACCAGAUGAAACUAACUAUGGUAGUCCAAAACCUAGGCCUUCAUAUUUACCGGUCGUUCCACAAGUUCAGAACGGUGCCAAGAAAAAAUUAGUAGCUGUUUAUGUACCCGGGUCAGGUCCAACAACCAAAAUUCAAACCGGAAUCGCAAAACUGGAAAUGGCAAAUGGACGGUGCCACCCAGUCAGAGUAGCCACUAAUGGUAACUGCUUGAAUCGUGGUCCUAAUACUGGUUCCUUGCCAUCGGUCAGCCCGAUGACAGGAGAGCAUGACAGUAAUGGUAAUCUGCAAGCGGAUAAUGAGAACGGGACAACGUUAAGUCGAGAAGACCGUACACUCUCAUAUUCAGAUGCACAAUUAGCCGCUAAAGAUGAGCAACGAUAUUCACUCGAUUUGGACCGAGCUCUACGGUGUUACGCUGCACGGCAUGAUAAUGGCAAACGUAAGGCAACCCCAUUUCGCAUCAAGCAGAGUAAAAUGGCAGUACACGAUAUAGAAGCUGAUAAUGUCAACCAGAAAAUGAUGCCGCCGCUUAUUUACAACUCUCACGAGAUGCAUCCGUCGAGUCGGGUGCCAAAUGGACAGUUUCGUCAAAGGGAUCUUAAUGAACAGCAAGAAUCCCUACACUCGCUUGCAAACCAAACUGACACUGUUGCUGGGGCUAGCAAAGUACCUUACAACAGGCUAGGGGAGGCAAGUGGGGGACAAUCUGAAUCCUCAGAGAGCAGUGAACCACUGUGUAAUGGUGGGGACAGCCGGGCUAGUGACCCACUGCUGACCAAUAUUGGAAAGUAUAAAGUUUCCUGUUUGUAAAAUGUGAGAAAGUGAUUGAAAGCUGUUGUAGCUGUGUGUGUAUAUUUCAAUGUGAGGUUUUUAACUGCUCUCAACUUGACUGCCAGAAAGCUCACAGUAUUUCUAACAGCUCUGCAUCUACAGCCUAUAUCAUACUGUCGGUUUAAGUGCUGUCCCACCAUCCAUGCUGAGACAUUUGAAAAAUUCUGUCGGCUGUUUUGUGGGUUAGGAUAUUGGUAUUUAUAUAGAUAUUAUUUUUUAAACCAUGGUCCAUUAAUUAUGGCCAUAAUGUUCAAUGGGCAGGCUGUUAUGACAUGAAUAACUAAUGGUGUUGACCAUUUAACUGCAUGGCUAAUAUGUAUAACGUUGAUAUAUUGGCCAUUAAAUAUUGAAAGCAUGGCUGAUCUGUAAACCAUUUAUUUUAAAUAGCCAGUUUGUUGGCCAUUUAUAAGCAUGGCUAGUCUAUAAAUUAUUGAUAUUGAAUUACCUGGCAUACAGUGGCUUAGGCCGUUAAUUUUACUGUACUGUACAUGUUUUUUGUCAUUUAUGUAAUAUAGUCUGCCUGUAAGCCAUUGGAAUAUGUGACAUGUACAGUAUAUUGACCAGGGAUUAUGAUUGGCCUGUCUAUAGACCAAAGGAAUUAAUGGCCAAUCCAAAAGCCAUAGGCGAUAGAAUCAGUGGCCCAUCCAUAGGUCAUAGUAAUUAAUUGCCCAUCCAUAGGUUAUUGAUACCAUUUGGUAAUUUCCUCAACCCUGUUUGUAUAGUCAUUUAAGAAUUUUGUGAAGUGUGAAUACCAUUUUCGAUCAUUAACAUCACAUGGCAAUGGUAGAGCAAGUGGGUUACCUGCAAAAGAAUGUAUUGCAUGCCAGAAAUAAGUCCUUUAGUGUGAGUGACAUCUUCAUUAAAGCAUUUGUAAAUAUACGCUGCAGUUUGCCAUUUUAAUUUUAAAUUGUAAUAAGCAUAGGAGUGGGGAAGGGGAAAUAUAUUGAUGAUAAAUGAUGAUUACUGCAGUAUAUUAGUGAGGAUCAUGUUUAUGUAUGGAAAAAGACUACACUAAUUGCUUUAUAAGUCAUCUUCCUGUUUGGAAUUUGAUGAAACUGCAAAAGGGCAUUGUAAUAUUCAAAGCCCAUUUAGAUCACCUAUCUAUCCAGGAAUAAAAAUAAUGUGCGCUACAGUAUACCAUAAUAAUCACCUGUACAGAGGGACGAAACUGAUGAUUUUAUUUUGGCCUAGCACAGCCUAGAUUUGUGACGCCGGUUAAAAUUAUGCUAUAACCAAGUUAGUUCUGUUUCAUUUUUCACAUGUGAAAUAUUCACUUUCCAAAUUUUUCAGUUUCUUUUUUCUUCUCAAUGUCCAAAAAAUCUAGGGAUUCCUUAAAUUUUGUCUCAACUAUGAGAUUGAAGCAAAUGUAGUGAAUUUUAGACCUGGCUCUUUCUUGGAAUUUCAUAUUACACCAUAUUCGUCACUUGAUAAUGAUAAUGCAUGGUUGUCGAAAACAUGAUGAUUGUAGAAUGUUGUACAGUUCACCUUCUAAUUCAAGACUCCUCUAAUUUCGAUACCUUUCUAAUUCCAAGACCCUUUAAUUCGAGACCACUUGACUUUUCCAAAUUACCAAUUACCAAUCUUUUUACACAAAGGAUACCCUCUUAUUGGAGACUAAACCGUGAGACCACCGUACAUAUCCAGUUCACAAAGGAGGGUUCACUGUGUAAUAGAAAUGGUUGGGGACUUUCAUAGUGCAUAAUACAUGGUCUCUAUGCGCUGAUGUUGGCAUGUACAUUCUCCUAAUGAAGUAAUCAAACACUGGUUCUUCUCAAACUCUUUUUUAACAGUUGUAAAUUUAUUAUACACAUUACCAUAUCAUAAUUGUUAAAGUAAUAAUAAUUUCAACUACACUUUAAACAUUGAUGAAGGUCUCAUGAUCUGAUUAAAUUAAUUUUUAUUUUUAUUUCUCUUAAAUUAUCACUUAUUUUCUAUUUUGUGUAUUGUUUAUAUCACAUCAUGUGAUUACAGUGAUAUGUAUGUACAGUAUGUAAGAAAAACAAUAAUUUAGUUAAAAUUACCUGUAACAAUAUUUUUUCUAAUUUAAUUAAAAAUUAUUAUAAUAUAUUUUAUAUUAUAUACUUUCGUUUAUGUUAUCUUGAGCUACUUUGUAACAUUGUUUUGCUGUAUUCAUUUGUUUUCUGGUAUUUUUUAAAAUACAGUAUCAUUUUAUAUUUCUAUUAUGAUGUAUCAUAAGGCUGGUCUCCUUAGAAUCGCUACGCUGUUGCAAUUGCGUUUUUCACUGCAUCUUUGCACUGCAUAGAUGUCCCCGACGCAAUCAGGAAUACUCCCUGAUUCAGCUGACUAAUCAGCAUCGCCAAAGGUGUUGGCGAUAGCGCGCGGCGAUUUUUAUGGAAACUAUACAUGUGAACAAUGGUAUACAAUAAUUUGUUACAAAUAAUAUGGUACAUUUGGAAUCAUCUGAGUUACAACUUUUCACAUAUUUUCUGCACAUGUGAAAUGGAUAUUAAACACAAAUGAUUGGUUGCAGUCUAUCAAACUCACCUUUGACCUAUAGCUCAGUCCACACUAUCAAAGUUCAUGCGACAAAAAAAAAAAAAUGUGAUGUGCCCAUAAUUGUGCGUAAAGGUCUGACAUGUCCGUACCUAUCAUAUGCACAUGAUAAAUUUUUUAUGUAGUUUACAUCAGGUAAACACACUUAUACUGACUGGUAAAGUCUUAAGAUUUUGCUAAACCCCAACCAUGUUUUUCUAGCAAAUGGUAAUUAUAAAGGUGAAAUUCAUCGAAAAAGCAUUUCUAUAUAACAUGAUGUGAUGCAGUUGAAUGAUGUACCAUGUGGAACAAGUAUUACUUUAUAGUUGUACCCUAAAGAGUAAAGUAGGUUUCCACUUUCAAAAGCUGUUGCUGUAAAGAUGUGCUGUUGUCUUUACUACUAGCUAUACACAACACUUUCAUGGUGGGUGUUGAAAGUACUGUGCAGUGGUAGUGUAUUUAAUUUAACAGAUUUUAAUCUGUGUUUAAAAUAAACCUUUUCCCCUAAGCCCCGCCUCUUUGUUACCUUUGCUAAGGUUUCAGAGUGACAGCGUGAACAUGCAUUUGUGAGACAAACACAUAUUCCUGAUCCUUUUCUGAUUGGUUGGUUGUAAUGUUGUUAACUUUGACCAUCCGAAAAGAUUCAUUGUGUUUUAUAUUUGGAAUGGGCUCUAAACCUUGAAAAACUGUAAAGCUUUUUAAAUACACUUUUUUAAAAGUUUCUUUAACCAAAAUUAGCAAUUAGAACAGAAAACUGAAAUGACAAAACUUUUUACAGUAAUUAAUUUUGUUUGGUGAGGUCCAUAUUUAUUUUUCCAAUGUCUGCCAAUAGCCACAUUUAUGAAGUAUGGAAAAUAUGCUAGUGUGAAAUAAUGUGUUCAAGAGGUGCUGGAUAAUAAAAAAAAAUGUGUGGCUACAAUGUGUGAGAAUUUGAAUCUAAUAGACGACUUUCUUUGGCCAUUAAGAAGUUUCUACUAAAGAUUGUCAGGGGUCCUAAGAAGCUAGUUUUAGGAGAACUAUAUAAAGGAGCUUUCUUAACAUUUCUGAUUAUGUUUUGCUGUGGACAGUGAUACUCACUAGCAUUGACUUCAGGAGACACUUAAUAAAAGACAGUAGUAAAAACAUGCAAACAUCAUAAAUUUGUGGGAAAUGGGGUAUUCUUCCCGGAAAUUAUUAAUGCUUGCAUAUGUGCAGAAGCCUUCACAGCUUCCAGGAGACUCUCACAACUUGGGACCCCUGGAUUGUGCUAUAAUGGAAACAAAUGCUUUCAGUAGUUUAUCGUAAUCGUAAGCUCUAUCAGAUAAUUUGAAGUACAAUUUUAAUUUUCUUAAACAAUUUUUAAAAUGAUUGUGUACAUUGUAUAUUACUGUAUAUGGUUUUUAAGAAAUUUGGUAAGACAGCACUGUUCUUUCUUACAUUUAUUUGUUUUCAAUCAUUUUAAUAGCAGUGAUUUUAAUGUGGUACUGUACAAUGUUCUUUUUAUUCAUAUCUUUGAGGGCGGUUUUUUUCAUAAGUUGCUCAAUACGCGUUUUAAAUCGAUUAAACUAAGCAGCCUCGGGCCAGCUCCACACAUAAUAUACCGCUUAGAUGUUGGUGUACACUUCCUUUUAAGGAGGUUUUUCUGAUUUAGUCAAAUUGCAAAGUAUCUUGAUGUACUGAUAGUAGUUGUAAUAAACAAAUUACAUAUUCUGACCGAGAACAUGUGGUGAAACCACUUAAUUUUAAUAAUAUUCUUCUGUAUCUGUUAUUUUUGUUUUUCAGUAACAACAGUACAUACAUUAUUGUAGAUAGCAGUCCAAUGACACAAAAUUAUGUCUUAUUAUGAAUGAAUGAUUUAGCUAUAUAAACUGAAAUGUAUGCUAUAUAGGUCAAUGGUUAAGGGUACUUACAUCUCUUUUCGUAGAUUAGCCUAAUUUUAAUGAACAAUAGAACAAACUGUCAAUUUGCUCAACCCAUUUUACUGAUAGCUGUCAAUAUUUUUUUAAAGAUUGUUGGUGCUUUGAUAAUGAUUUUGUACUGUAACAUAUGCACAGGAACAAGCCGAAUUAAUGAUAGGAAGGCUUGAAACACAACACAUGUCAAGACUAUACAGGGUUGAAGAUGUAUUUUCCUCUAAUAAAUAGCAAAAUAUAAAUGAAUUUUGAAAAUAACUUGACCAUUUUGAACUAAAAUACCAAACAAAUUAUCAAUUUGAACAUAUAAAUUAGUGUACUAAAAAUAAUAUUUACCCCUAAUGUUCACUCAAAAAUGUUUUUCCAUUAUAAAAAUAAUGUUUCUAUGAUUUUCAUUACAUCUGGAAGGUAACUCUGGGUACUUUUUUCUUUUUGAAAUUCACAAAUUUUAUACUGAAGUUGAUGAUUUUUGUGUUCAAAAUAUUCAAUCAAAAUUGAUUUUUAUGUUAUCAUUUUUCAGAGAACUACACUGUAUAUGUUUAAAUAGUGUGUGCGAGGAAAGAAGUAAAGUUAUAUGAUGGUAUUAAACACAAAAUGUUGUAAAUAUAGACAGUGGCGUUAUAAAUGCUCUGAAAAUACGCAGUUCCUAUAAGAUAAAUUAUAAAUUUAUACAUAAAGCAUUUCUUUAUGAAACUCGUCAGUGUGUUCCGGUUGUAACUAGGUUUUAGGUAGAAUCUUGAUAACGCCCUCUAUAAUAAAUAUUUGUGUGGUUAAAUUGUGGAAGCUUUAGACCUAUUCGUUGUAGCGUUAUAUAAAUACUGUAUUAUGUGCAUGGAUUUUCUGGUGAGAUUUACGAUUUCUUGAAUCAAACCAGCAAUAGAAGUCAGCUUCUACAGACAAUAAAACAAAUAAAAGGAAUUAAUGUA